GCUCGGCUAGUCAAGCAGGGGGAGAGCGGCGGACGUGAAGGAAGCCUCCUUGGAAGACCAUCGUUAAGCAGUCGCUGCUGCCGCCUCCGCGGGCGGUCGGGCACGAACGAACGGACCGUCCGACCAAGCAGUCCCAGCCCAUCCUUAGUGAAUUUGCAUCCCCUACGCCAGAGCCUUAAAGGGCCCCGUAACCUCACCACGAAGCCAGUCAUGAGCCAAGUCCAGCGCUGGAACGGGAGCUGCGUUAGCAACUGCAGCCGGGCGGACAUGGUACCGGAGAUCGCUGCCGCCGUGGGCUUCGUGUCCAGUUUGCUCCGUACCCGAGGCUGUGUCAGUGAGCAGCAGCUUCAGGUUUUCAGCGGGGCUCUCGAAGAGGCGCUUACAGAGCAUUACAAACAUCACUGGUUCCCUGAGAAACCUUUCAAAGGGUCUGGCUACCGCUGCAUCCGUAUCAACCAUAAAAUGGACCCUAUCAUCAGCAAGGCAGCUAGCCAGAUCGGACUCAGUCUCCAGCAGCUAUAUCAGCUCCUGCCCAGUGAACUCACACUCUGGGUGGACCCUUAUGAGGUAUCCUACCGGAUUGGUGAGGAUGGAUCCAUCUGUGUCCUAUAUGAAGCUUCUGCAGCACCUGUGAGCUCCUAUGGGAUGCUCACCUGCAAAAAUCAGAUGAUGCUGGGGCGCACCAGCCCUUCCAAAAGCUACAUGAUGACAGUCUCCAGCUAAGCACUCUCGGUUGUCCUUACACUGCCAAGACAUGGGCUACUGUAUACCUCACCUGAGGAUGUAUUUUUUAAAAAAUGAAGAGCUAUUUAUAUUUUUUUAAAAAAGAGAAAAUCCAAAAUGAAAUCCAAUAGCAGGCACCACUCUUCUGUGGAGUGGUGCUGAGGUGCCUUUUUAAAGCUGUUGCAAGCUUGCAAGUGUAUUAAAAAUGCCAAUAUCUACCUAAUUAGUGUUGAAUGACAAUUCUGGAGGGUUGACCUGCCUGUCUGGGAAAUGCAGGGUUGGAAAGAAAAGUAUGGGGGUGGGGCAGGGCAUGGCACUUUGAAGCAGUGACUAACUAUGGGGUAAGUGCUACAACAACUGUGAAUCUAUAGGCCAGAAUGCCAGGAUGGUAGUACUUAAGCAAUGAACCAUACAUGUUGAUUGGGAUGUCAUGACCUCAUUCUAGCCUUGGCACUUUUCUUUUCUCAAAGGUUAGCUCCAUUUUAUGGCACUGGUAAGUUGCUUCACCACCAACUUCACCUUCUAACCCAGUCUGAACAACUUUUUUUCAUGGCAUAAGCAUUUUCCUAAAACACCAGUCACGUCCAGCCACUUCCUCUGGUCGGUUGGGGGGUUUAAGUGUCAGCCCAUCAUUUUGCACAAAAACUUGAUUUAUUUCUGCACAAUUCUGCACCUCUUCCUGUAUUUCAAGCACAUGCAAAAUUCCAGUUGGCACUUGAACAUGUGGUUUGUGAAAUCUUAAGGAACUUUGCUUGUUAAAGAAAUCCAGGAUCUGGACUACACAACUGUCUGGCCAGUUAUUUUAGCACUCGGCUCCCAUAGAUGAAAGUGCAAUGGCCAGGCCAAUGUGAACUAAAUCUACCUGCUGGGAAAAUGCCUUCACCAGGGUUUUGUCUAUUCCACUGCCUUUAUCUUGACCUUGUAAAAUUCCUGACAAUGCUGCCAAUAACUGCAGGGAGGUGAUUACAAAUCCAGGGCACUUAACCCUUUUCUUUUAAACCUAUCUCCUUGGAUCUGCUUCAGCGCAUCUGGUCUUAAUUGGCUUCUCUGGUUUUGACAAGUCAAUUACUUUGAUCCCCAGGCCUACUCCUCCUCUGCCUUUUGUGAACUGAGUUCUCAGACACUGUGCAAUAUGUUUCCUAAAAUUUGGACACUCUGGAGGAGGAGCAGUUUCUGUGGGACAGUUUGCUGUUCUCAAAGCAACAACUUCUAACACUGCUCAUAUGACUCCUAACAUGAGCUUGAGUGCAUAAAUGUCUGAACUGGGAAAUCUCAGCCCUGUGAUACCAUGACAUUCACAGGUAUGCCAUUUUAUACUGAGCAGUUUUAAGAUCUUUUUCUUUGAAAAGGCACAAUUUGCCACCAAGUUCUUAGCAUCCCAUACUGAGAUGAAUGGGAAUCUUAAGAGUGUUACCUAUUGCAAAAGUUCAGAUCUAUUUCAGCAGCACUUGCACAGGCAGACUUAAUCGUACCCCAAAUUUCUGACCUGAAACAUUUGCAAUUGCAUCAGCCCAUCUGUGAAUCAUUUAGUUUCUUCCAGCUCAAUAUGUGAAGCUCUUGUUUUAAGGAUCAGACCCUCCAUUCAGCAAAUACUAAGGUUGUAAAGCACUAAGGGUCCCCUGUAAGUUAAAGAGUCGCCACUCCGUUAGCAUAAUUGUGCAAUAUUUGGCGGCACAAUGAGGGGAGCACUUUCUGCACUGUAGCUUCCCCCUCUGAGGAAAGUUUCUGUCAGUAUGCUUGGGAGACUGGUUCCUUAUCUGGUGCAUUGAAAACAUGAUAUGAAUGAGAACUGUAAGAUGCAGAGGAAAAAUGUUUGUUUUGCCAUGCUCCCUGCCUUUACUUGGCAUUUUCCAAGUGCAGUAACUUGUUUGGCUUGCCAGUCUGGCAUGAUCAAUUCAACUUGUUGAGAGGUUGAUUGUUCAUCUUUUACCUUCCUUACUAAUGAAGGGUGCUUCUAAAAACCAAAUUCUUAUUCAAUCUCAUUUGUUUUUCCUUCCCAACAUCCUUGAAGGGUUGAAGGAGGAACAGAAAAGGUUACCAAAUAUCAUGCUAUUGUACCGGGCAUGGAACCUUGUGUUAAGUAUUUUGUUAGCAUUAAGACAACCAAAUUUUGACAGAAUCCAUUUUGUAAUUUGUGCAUGUAAAAGCUGUGAAUUGAUGUAUGCUCUUUGUUGCCUUUGAAUCACAAGCCUGACACAAGCAGUGCUGAAGAACUGUGUCUUAGCAACAGCCUAUGGGUGUGAGUGUGUCUAUUUUUCUCCCCCUCUUUUCAAAAAUGUUUUCAAAACUUGAGCUGGACUGUUGAGCGGGACCUAGUUUCAUAAUUGCUGAAAAUAAUACAAAGUUUGUAAGCUAUUUUGUGUUGUGGGAGGGGGAAUGAUUGUUGUACAAAAGUGUUUUUAUAUGUAAAAUGUACAGAUAUAUUGAAGUGUACACUUUUGUUACUUUAAUAAAAAUGUAGCAAUUUAAAAAUGUUGCUGGAAAGAUCUAAAA